AUCAUGUCGAUGCUGUGUUUGGGCAACAAAAGCGGUAUCAACCAGUUCUGCAUGAUCUGCUGUCCAGAUUUGCCACACUUUGCAGCUGGUGAAAGAAUUUUUGUCCAGUUUGUCAGUGGCUGGUUGAUGCUGUGACAUUUUUGAUGGAUGGUGUGCCCAUGGUCGAUUCGAUUCUGGCAGAGGUGAUGUUUGUGGAAUGAUUUGGCAAUAGCGACACGCCGUGGCGUUGCCUUGUUCUUGAAAAUGGCUGAGACGUUACCGGCUCUUGAGGCUCUCUUGACGGAGUUGUUUGGACCAGCUGCGAACAACAGUGAUCGUGUGCAAGAAAUUUCGAAGCUGUUGAAUAAUUUCUCGCAGCAAGAUGGGUCAUGGCGCUACUGUUUGUAUUUCAUGGAGAACAGUCGCAAUGAGUAUGUCCUGAUGUACUCAACCAAGGUCCUGGAGGAUCUAGUUAACCACACCUGGGCUAGUGUUGACGUUGCACAGAAGUCCGAGCUGCGUCAGUUUAUCAUUGAGUAUGCUGUGCGCAGUCACUCUCAGAUUGUGCCCUACGUCCGUAACAAGCUGGCCAAGGUCAUUGUGGACAUAGCACGUCAAGACUGGCCCCAUGACUAUCCACACUUCCUGGACACUGUCAUACAGCUGCUUCAACGCGAGGACACAGCGUCGUUUGGCCUACUGGUGUUGCUGACGCUGUCGCAAGAGCUGCACGGCACACGCGAGGAUCUGAGCAUGGCGCGGCGUGACGAGCUCAAUACGCUGCUACUGCAUCACGUACCGACGGUGGUGGGUAUACUCACCUCCAUGCUAGAGCGUACAGUUGAGCAGCAGGAGAUCACGCUGCUGACACCACCCAACACACCCGGUGGUCCGCUGAUGUCACCGCCAGGCAGUAGAUCAUGCUCGCCAAUCCCCUUCAGUGUCGGCACGCCAUCAUCGUUCCUGAAGAGUGGUCCUGCAUUUGGUAAACUGCCCGAUGCCAGCUUGUCAGGCUCGCUGUCUCCACUUGACGGUAACACACUGCAGCUCGCCGAGCUUUGCCUGGAGUGCAUUGCACACUUAGCAUCAUGGGUUCCUCUAGCAAAUUUGGUGACGGAUCAGCUGCUGAAACUAGUAUUUCACUUUGCCUGCACUGCUCAUCUUGAAGACCGUAAUCAGUCACACAAAGCAGGUUACUCGCUUGGCUGCAGAGCCAUGGAAUGUAUCAAUGAGAUCAUAGCCACCAAACUAGUGCCAGCCGAUAUGGAAGCGUUCCUUAUCAAAGUGUUUCGUCAGGUCUUGCUGCUCUGCAAGGUCAUUGUCGAUCAGGACAGUGGCCGGAUGCCGCAAGAUGUUAGGAAUCCACUUAGUUCAUUUGAUGACAAGUAUCUUGACAAGCUACGCGAGUUCUUCCGCUUGUUUGUUCACCAUCACAUCAAGCGUGUAGAUGAGAGUAAUCAAUUCCCUGUACUGGAGUUUCUUGUGCUCUUCUAUCGGUUCACGUUCAAACAGCCACACCUGGAAGGCUACUCGACAUGCCUGGAGAUCUGGAUAGACUUCAUUGAUUUCCUGCAUGUACAAGCUGAAGCUGCGCUCUCUUCGGCGGGUGGACAGAUUGAUGCCAAGCGUCGGCGGGUGGCAAAGUAUGAGGAAGCAUUGUUAGUCCUGUGUGGAGCAGUACUGGACAAAGCACGUUUCUGUUUCAACAGUCAUGAGUUAGAUGACUUAGACACAGAAGCCGAUGGAGAGGAGAUGAGUGAUUGGCAGAUCUUCCUAACGACAUCGCUGGAUGUCAUGUCCAAGGUUUCCCAUCUCUUUACUUCUCCCGUCUUCCAGCGAUUGUGGCCUGUCUGUGUAGAGCUAUCAGAUACGUAUCUGCAAGUCAAACGCAGUUUUGCGAUCUCCUCCUCGCCUAUCAGAUCAGAUAUUGUAGUUGUACGUGACUCACCUAACAUGGUGUACAUGUUGCGUGACUUGAGUACGUUACUGACGGCUAUGGGCAAUCUCGCUGAGCAUUACACUGGCCAGUACUUUCUCAGCACUCUCAACGACGGACAAGCUGUUCUGGAGAGACUGUUGCACUUGGCAUUAAUAACAGCCCAAGAGAAACUGUAUCUCCUGCAAUCAUCAGAAGGUAGCGUGGAAUUCACCAAGGCACUUCAUUCGGUUCAAGGUGAGCUGCUAGGGGCAUUACGUGCCUACUGUCACUGGCUGCAUCAACUCAACUUGGAAGCGCAGCACAACCAAGAAGCAUUGGACAAACUUGUUGCCCUGGUAUCCACCAUGACCGAGAUCUCUGCUGCAUUCUUUGAAAGCUCGGUACCGGAGAGUGUACAGCUGUGCUCUGCACACCUGCUGCUGUCCGUAUCGUCCACCGUUAGACCGCAGUUUCUUUUCUCAUUAUCGUCAUUUCAACAGCUGGCAUCAGCUGCGUCACAGGGCCACUUGCAGCAGCUGCCUGAGAAGGUCUACUUGUUAGUGUACCAUGCAUUAGCUAGUGCAUUGCUUCUACCCUGGCCGGGAUUUGCGGAGGCUGAUCAGCAAUGGCCAGCGCGUAGUGAAGAGUUGCGCAAGUUAGUGAAUGGCAUAACGCAGUCGUUCCAUCAGCUUUGUCGUCAGGCUGGGCUGGCCGAGGACAAGAAUAUGCAGAGCAGAGUGAAGCCAGUCAUCAAGUGUACACUGACAAUUCUGCGUCGCUUGACGGAAAGUGUGGAGAAUGAACAAACUCGCUGCAAGGUCUUGUUACAUCAAGCACUGAUGGAGGCCAUUGAGACAUCGCUCAAUCUCUUUCCUAUCUUCAUCCAAGAGGCUGACGUUGCAUCAGAUCUGCUGGCGUUCUUCCGAGCUCUGUUUGCUUCCCUCAAGGUUCAAGUUGGCAGUUCAUUUGCACAGCGAACUUCAGAAACGAUCAUGUCCCUCUUCAGCAAUGAUGUGUUGCAAACAACGCUGAGAACGUCUCAUCGGCAAGGUUGUGAAGUGAUAGAAAAGUUUUUGACGAUAUUGCAGCUGCUUACCCAAGAAACCAGCUCAUCGUUCAAGUCCUUCUUACCGACCAUCAUCUCGUUCUGCAUGGAGCAGAUCUACCCAUUAGUAGCUGAGAGACCGGAUCCUGACGUGAAGACAGUGUUGUUUGAUGUCUUGAGAGAUGUCUUACUGUGCCACUGGAGAUUCUUUUUCCCGUCCAAUCUGCUUGCUCGAGUACGUGCUGGUAGUGCUGGUGGUGUGGGUGGUGUGGGUGGUACUGCUAGUGCUGAAUCUGAACCCAGUGAACACCAGGAACAGUUCAUUGCCAUCAUGCAGGCAUUUGGCCACUCGUUCCUGCAACCGGACAUUAACAUCUUCAAGAAGAACUUGCAAACAAUGGAAGAUCUGAACGAAAAGUGUAAACUUUACGACAAGGAACUGUUCAGACAGAUGAUGCUGACUCAGUUCAUCAAUGUCUUGCUGCAAGUACUGAUUCACAAGUCACAUGACCUGUUAGCCGAGGAGAUCCAACUGGCUAUCUAUCACAUGGCCAGGACAGAUUUCACUCUCUUCUUCUCGCAGCUCUUGCCUCAGUUCCUGAUUUCAGCCAGUGAAUUGCAGGACUCGCAAAAGCAAAUCUUGGCCGACAACUUUCAGCGUGACCAGGAUCAGCCGUCUUUCAUCAACAAUCUCAAGCGGUUCCUGGGUGACAUUCGCUAUCUUCAUAUCAUCAACCAGAGCUUACCCAAGGAUUCUGUCAAGUUGUGAAGCAAGUGAAGAGGAUUGCGUAGCCACUCGCCCGUCCACCCAUUGGCCCUGGUCCGCAGCUGCCUGCUGUUGCUAUCCUGUUCAUCUCCAUCAGGACUCAGCCACCGCUGGGUGUAUUCUCGCCAGCACGCAUUCCCCAGUGCCCCUCCACUGAUCUGCUGACGGUGUUGCGCUUGUUGCUCCCUAAGCAGCUGAUGUUUUGCUCCGGGGCAUCGUAUCUGUUGCUCCUUAGCAUCGUAUUGGCUACGUGUGGAAGCUACGUCAUUGUCACAGCCAGCAGCGGUUAGGUUCAGUCUCGUCGCUACCACGGCCACAGCUGCUGUGUGUAUGUAGCUGUUCACAUGAUGUCCAGCUGCUGCCUGUCGUCGUCGUCGUCCACCACUGGCACUGCAGGGCGUAGUACCCUGUGUGCCUGUGUAUGUGUGUGUGUGUGUGCCGGUGUGUUAACACUAUUCCUUAGCACUUACCUGCACCACCACCGCCACAGCACAGCGCAGUGACUCCGGGACGGCACCAGCAGUGCGGAGCAGUCAGUGCAGCAUCGCCGGCGGACCUGCAAUCCGCACAGCACAGCUCUUCCUGCCGAAAAGGCAACUGUUGCCUGGUGUCUUUUCCUGCACAGCCUCCGUGAACGUGCACAGCUUCUGUCAUCGUGCACGUUUCCUGACGUGUUGUCACUGCUGUUGCUGCCGCUGCAGCACCUUGUUUUAUUUAUUCUGACAAUGGCCACUGUUGUCAUGACCAGCAUAGCGUAGGUGUAUAUAAUACCAUAGUCAUUGCCUAGAUCCAGUUAACAUGCACUCUGUGCCCAUUGUACUUUGCCACCACGGUUUAUAGUCUUAUCUAUUCUUCUCGUUCUCUUUCUGCUGACCGAUUAACCAGUGUGUGGGUGUGUGCGUGCAAGCGUGCGUGUGUACAGUGGGGUGGCUUGGUCACCCUGAUCUCCGUGACGUGUGUCCUCAUCGCUGUGUCCCGUGCUUAUGCUGUGUGUGUGUGUAUAUCUAUAUAGUAAGUGUGUACAAUGUUGUGUGUGUGUGUGUGUGUGUGUGUGUGUGUGUGUGUGUGUGUGUGUGUGUGUGUGUGUGUGUGUGUGUGUGUGUGUGUGUAUGUGGUGACUUGUCCAGCAUCUGUAUACUGUACUUGUUUGCUACUGGCCGUGUCUGCCAUUGCAGUCUCGUACUGCACGCAUAGUGGCACGUGGCAGUUAGUCGGCGUGUGGCCUGAAACAACAGUACGGCCGCAGUGUGAAUACGUAUCUCUCUCUCUCUCCUUUUCCCUGUUGCUCGGUGUCAUGCUUUUCUUGUACAUACCUAUGUGUAUAUUUUGCUAUUUUAUUUUAUUUUUGCCAGCAUGCAAUGCUGCUUCUGCUGUUUCUAUUUUAUUUGUCAAGUAUGUAACAUUCCAUUACUCGCAGGUUGUUGCUGCUGCUGCUGCUGCUGCCUUGUUCCUCUGUUGAUUUUGUUGUUGGCAGUGUUGCUCAUUCCCUGUCUUUAUCCUAUUGACGAACUGUGCUCCAUCUGGUGCUGGACAAUUUCUUACUACUUUUUACCCUUCGGUAUCUUCUCUGCUUGUUGAUGUUUGGUUUUCUGUUACAAAUUUCGAAAUUAUCGGCUUUCAUUCA